ACACUCCAGUCCGCGCCUUUCUGUCCCUCUCCAGGACCCGUAGUGGUAGUUCUGCUGUCAGAGGGAGCUAGGAUACCGGGCGGUCACGUGGUGCAGAGAGGACUCGGGCGGAAUCAAGGCGCAUCGCUGCCCCGACACGUCUCCCCGUUUGCCUCCAAUCAAGAUGGCCGCCGAUGGGUCAGAGCGAGAAGAGGAUGGCGGCCAGGAAACGGUGUCCAGCGGGAACGUCUUGGAAUUGUUCUUGGAGAGUAAAGAGACUCGAGAGCUGAUUGUCGGCCUGCGGGACACGUAUAAGGAGCUGGUGAACCGGGAGGUCUGCACACAGAGGUUCAUAGUGAUAAUGGACACCUACCAGGAGCAGCCUCAUCUCUUGGAUCCACAUCUCGAGUGGAUGCUGGACCUGUUACUGGAUAUUGUCCGAGACGCGACCUCUCCACCUCUUCUCAUGCAUCUGGGAUUUAAGUUCCUCUAUAUUAUUUCCAAGGUUCGGGGCUAUAAGAUUUUCCUGCGUCUCUUCCCACAUGAGGUUGUGGAUGUUCAUCCAGUGCUUAAAAUGGUCUCUGUGCAGGAUCCUGCAGAUCAUGAGACCUGGGAGACGCGUUACAUGCUGCUGCUGUGGUUGUCUAUGACGUGUCUCAUCCCCUUUGACCUCUCACGUCUGGACGGAAACCUCUCUGUGGAAGGAGGAGAGACGCGUCGCUCUACCAUGGAUCACAUACUGGAGAUCGCUAAGUCCUACCUGCUGGUCAGUGACAAGGCUCGGGACGCUGCUGCCGUGCUUGUUUCAAAGUUCAUCACCCGUCUGGACGUCAAGCAGAAGAGGAUGGCCGACUUCUUGGACUGGUCUCUUGCUACAUUAUCGAAAGCUUCUUACCUGACCAUUGAAGGGACCAUCGCCAUGGACGGGAUGCUGCAGGCCUUGGCGCAGCUUUUCAAGCACGGCAAAAGAGAAGACUGCUUACCCUACGCCGCGACCGUUCUGACCGCCCUGGACAACUGCAAGCUCUGUGACAGCAACCAGACGGUGCUCCGCAAGCUGGGGGUUAAGCUCGUCCAGCGCCUGGGGCUCACCUUCCUCAAACCCAAGGUGGCCAAAUGGAGGUAUCAGCGCGGAUCCAGGUCUCUGGCGGACAAUUUGCUUCAGACUUCUGCCGACGCUCAGAACUCAGCCGGGACUACUUCCCCCGAGGAUGAUGAAGAGUACGAUAUCCCAGAGGAGAUUGAGAAUGUAGUAGAGCAGUUGCUGGUGGGACUGAAGGACAAAGACACCAUUGUGCGAUGGUCUGCGGCGAAAGGGAUCGGGCGCUUGACAGGCAGACUCCCUAGAGAACUGGCUGAUGAUGUUGUGGGCUCUAUGCUCGACUGCUUCAGUUUCCAGGAGACGAAUAACGCUUGGCACGGGGGCUGCCUCGCCCUGGCAGAGCUGGGCAGGAGGGGACUCCUGCUCCCGUCUCGUCUCCCUGACGUUGUCCCCGUCAUCUUGAAGGCACUUGUGUACGACGAGAAGCGAGGCGCCUGCAGCGUGGGCUCCAACGUCCGAGACGCCGCCUGCUACGUCUGCUGGGCCUUUGCCCGGGCUUACGACCACCUUGAGCUGAAACCGUUCGUGAAUCUCAUUUCCAGUGCUCUGAUCAUCGCCGCCAUCUUUGAUCGGGACGUGAACUGCAGACGAGCCGCCUCGGCAGCCUUCCAGGAGAAUGUGGGGAGACAGGGCACUUUUCCGCACGGCAUCGACAUCUUGACCUGCGCAGACUACUUUGCAGUCGGUAACCGGGCUAACUGUUUCCUGAACAUCAGUGUAUUUGUCGCCAGUUUCCCAGAAUACACCGCGGCCCUGAUCGAUCAUCUGGUGGAGCUGAAGAUUAACCACUGGGACAUUGUGAUUCGGGAACUGUCCACCAAAGCUUUACACAACCUCACGCCGGUCGCCUCUGAAUACAUGGCCACGUCUGUUUUGCCCAGACUCCUGCCAUUGACCACUGUCACAGAUCUGCACACUCGCCACGGCGCCAUCUUGGGCUGCGCAGAGAUCACGCAUGCACUGUAUAAGCUAGCCGUCCAGAACAACAGAUCUGUGGCCGAUUACCUGGGGGGCGAUGCAGUGUCGGGUCUAAUGUCCAUACAUCAAAGGCUGCAAGAGCGUCAGUUAUACAGGGGCAUGGGCGGAGAGCUGAUGAGAACUGCAGUUUGCUGUUUAAUAGAAAAACUUUCCCUCUCAAAAAUCCCAGACCCGGGCAGAGCUGCAGUAGGCGGCUGGCAGCAGUUUAUCGAUGAUUGCCUGAAAAACCUUCACCUCUUCUCCACGUCUGCCCGACAGAAGAUAAAGGAAGCUGCUGUUUCUGCCCUGUCUGCCCUGUGCAAUGAGUUUUAUCAGGGACCAGCUGGAGAGGUCGAUCCGGUCACACAAGAUGAGAUUAUAAGUUAUUACAUUGCGCAGCUGCACAGUGCGGAGGAGAUGACUCGCUGCGGCUUUUCCUUGUCUUUGGGGGCGCUGCCACAGUUCAUGCUGCGGAACAAGCUUCAGCAGGUUCUGGAGGGACUGAGGAAGGCCACCACCACCUCCAGGAAGGACCUCAGCUUUGCCGAGUCCAGAAGUGACGCCCUGAAGGCCAUGUCCCAGGUGUGUCAGAGCGUAGGAGUGGAUGCGGCCGGUUCCCCAUCAGAGGUCCUGUGCCGGGAGAACGUGCCCCUGGUCUAUAACACUCUGCUAAACUGCAUGAAUGACUACACCACAGACAGCCGGGGCGACGUCGGGUCCUGGGUGAGAGAAGCGGCGAUGGCCAGUCUCCUGGAGAUCACACUGUUACUGGUGAAAACGGCGCCGGAUCUAAUAGGAGAAGACAUCUGUCGGAGGAUGAUGUGCUCGGUGGCACAGCAGGCGGCAGAGAAGAUCGAUCGUUUCCGAGCGCACGCUGGUUCCGUCUUCCUCAAACUCCUGCACCAAGAUAACCCCCCUGUCCCUAACAUUCCACAUCGAGAGGAGCUGGAGAGCAUAUUUGACAGGUCACAGGUAGAUUCUCUGAACUGGAACGCACCUUCACAAGCCUUCCCCCGGAUCACACAGCUCCUGGCCUUACCAGCCUACAGAUACUACGUCCUGAUGGGGCUGACAGUCUCUGUUGGGGGAUUAACUGAAUCAACGGUGAGAUACUCGGCUCAGAGCCUCUUUGAGUACCUACGGUCCAUCCAGCGUGACACUCAAGCCAUGGACACCUUCUCCAAGACGCUGCUCCAAGUCUUCAAGGACAACCAGCACAACGACCGGGUGUCCAUCCCUCUGCUGAAGACGUUGGAUCAGAUGUUGGCCAACAGCUGCUUCGAGCUCUUCACACAGGAAGAAAGUCACCCGUUUGCCUCUGAAUUACUUGCACUUUGUAAAGAGGAGAUUAAGAGGUCCAAGGACAUCCAGAAGCUGCGAUCCAGCACGGCCGUGUUCUGCGGUCUGAUCCAGUUUCCUGGAGAGAUCCGAAAGAAGGUUUUAUUUCACCUGCUUCUCAUGGUUUGCCAUCCGUUCCCCGUGGUGAGAAAAUCCACUGCCAAUGAUGUGUAUGAAAUGCUGAUUACAUACGAUGACGUCAUAGAUCCAGAGGUCCUGGAGGAAGUGAUGACCGUGCUGAGCGACACCAGCUGGGAUACUGACCUGACGUACGUCCGUGAGCAGCGCAACCUCCUGUGUGACCUGCUGAAGGUGCCUAAACCCACCCUGCUGUCCAAGGCUUCACAGCCCUGACAACUCGGAAGAAACUGCGAGGAGACGGAAGGAUGUUUACAAGAAAUGUCAGCGCUGCCUGUGGGGACCUGAGGAAGGAGCCGUCGGCGCAGUCCUGCUGGUGGCCAGCAGGUGGCACUGUACGCUCAUCGUGUCUGCUCUGUACAUCACAUGCCUAAAUGUAAUAAAAACCUGCUUGUCGUA